GAGAAAGAGGGAGGGGCCGGUGGGGGAGAUACACGCGCGCAGGCUCUAUCUUUAACGACACUUUACACGUUGUAUACGUACACUACAUAGGUCGAGAAACUAUGGCGUUUACACCCUAUGUCGUGCACUACGUAGUGAAAAAGGACAGCCGAAAUAAUAUCUCCGUAGUGCCCUAAAUUGUGUGAUAGCCGGGUGGUCGUUAUAUACAGCAGUGAGCGUGCGGAGCCUGAAAAGACAUUUUCCUCCGAGACUCACACUAACAGCGCCGCCGGUUGUGCAGUAAGAGGCUAUGUGCACGAAGCACUGGGUAGAAAAUGAGGAUCGGACGUGAGCUACGUGCGCAUCCGGGAGCAGACGAGAUGAAAUGGAGAGCUCUGACAGUAGGGACUUGUUAAAAGAAAGCUCUUCGUCUCACGGACCCGAUAGCGUUUGUUCCAAGCGGAAGGAAACGGCCUGCUUCAGCUCUGCAGCCGUAACCAUGGGCCUGGCCACUUGCUGCAGCCCGUCUGCCCCGGCCGAGCUACUGGGGGGUAUAACGCACAAAUCCGGAGUCUCUGCUCUAAAGCAGGAACCGAAGACCAACGGUGAGGUGGUAUCAUCACUGGAGGUUCGAGGUGGGAAGUACAACGGAUUUCCUUUACAAGCAGAUUCCUGUAGGCAGAAGAAUGGACCCAGUGAGACGCCCAACGGUCCAGCCGUCUGCACCCUGCGGCCAACUGACAACUCCACCCUCCUUGUAAAGCGAUCAAAUGGAGAAUUGAAAUGCAGAAGUAAGCGAUUGAGAGAUGAUGAGCUCAUCUACGGGGCUUCAGAUGAAGCCCGAGCGGAUUCGGGGUCACCGAAGCAUCCUGAAGACCUCAGACCGCCUCCCGACUGCAAAAGGAGACGGCUAGAAAAUGACUCUAAAACAGAAAAGGUGAAAAGCACACUGUCCACAGGGCCUUUCGCAGGUAACACCCAGCACACGAAUCACUGUAACAGCUCGAAGGAUGCGUCUUCUCCUGAAGGAGUCCUUCAGAAUGGGCACAGUGUGGUGGCCCAGACUCCAGGGUCGGCUGGGGUGCCCUCUGUCCCGCCGGCGGGAGGAGUUGCAGCCACCUGGUCCAUGGAGAGUAUUGCCCAGCUCUACAUAGUGCCUUGUAUGAAAUACUAUGGCAUCUGUGUUAGGGAUAACUUUCUGGGCCCAGAACUUGGUGACCGGGUGCUGCAGGAGGUGGAAAUGCUGAAUCACAGUGGGAAGUUUUGUGGAGGACAGCUGGUGAGCCAGAGGAGCAUCCCAUCUAAGAACAUCCGUGGAGAUCAGAUAGCCUGGGUGGAGGGUGGAGAACCUGGCUGUGAGGCCAUUGGUGUUCUCAUGGCUCAUGUUGACGAAGCCAUCAUGCACAGUUCAGCAAACGGCCAGCUUGGGGAAUAUGUAAUUAAUGGCCGUACUAAGGCUAUGGUGGCGUGUUACCCUGGCAACGGCACGAAAUACGUGCGUCACGUGGAUAAUCCAAACGGAGAUGGACGCUGCAUUACCUGCAUCUACUAUCUGAAUAAGAACUGGGAUGUGAAGGUUCAUGGAGGAUUACUGCAGAUCUACCCCGAGGGCCGAAACGUCGUCGCGAACAUCGAGCCGUUCUUUGACCGCCUGCUUGUUUUCUGGUCAGACAGGAGAAAUCCUCACGAAGUGAAGCCGGCCUUCUCUACUCGAUACGCCAUCACAGUUUGGUACUUCGACGCGAAAGAGCGAGCCAAAGCCAAGGAAAAGUACAGACUAGCUAAGGGACAGAAGGGAGUCGAAGUGCCUGUCAGUCGAGCAGAUAAUAAAUAAAUCCUCAUCAGCUCAGGCAUCCCGGUGUGUCCUUCCAAUGUAUGUGCCUACCCAUGCUGCUGUCUGAACAACUGAUUCAAUAGGAAGACACAAGGAACAGGUCAACCAGUGAAGCUAAUGCAGGCAACAAUUACAAAAAAAUAUCCCUACUCCUGUCAGCCUGGGACUGACCAUUCAGAUACACUUCAGUGUGGAUUUCUGGCCGUUGGAUAGAGAAGAGUUUAGGCUAAUUACACGCAGAAGAUGCCUGCUGAAUGGAGGAGCAGUGACUCUGUCGGUCAGAUUCAACUUGGCCACUACUGAAAAGCUUAAACUUGAGAAUAUUAUGCAAAUAAAAUUGCCAAAAUGUAUUACAAAAUGAUCACUACUGUACUUUUGCCCUUUUCUGUACGUAGCGUUUUUUUUUGGGGUUUUUUCUUUUCUUCAUUGUAAUAAAUCAAUCUCUUUGCUCCUUAAAUGAAUUAGCACUUCCUCUUGGAGAAGACAUUCUUUUUCAGUAGUCUAUGAGGGUUGAAAGGAGAAGCGGAGACAACGAGCGACUGGCCGACUCGGUCCUGACCAUAUCAUUAGUUGAAGUAAAGCAGUGGUAACGUCAAGCAGUGUUAUUGUCCCCCUGUGAACUGCACCCACUCCGACACCCAAAACAACACAGUGAACUUUACACUCCUGAUGUUUUUGAGCGAACAGGGAACCUUAUGACUGUUGGUACUGAGCUUGUCUGUACAGCAGAAGGGUCAAAACAGGGUUCACUGACUGAUUUUUACAGCUGUAUUUUAUAGUGAGAAUGUUAGCUGUGAUUUCACGGCUAUGCCUGUAAUGUUUUUUGUUUUUUUUUCUUUCUUUUUUCCAACUAAACGUCCUUCUCUUGUUAGAAGCACAGACAGAGUGAUGUGUUCUCGCAUGUCUUUAAAAGGCCACUCUGUUUUAAUGACGAAGCACUUGAACUUGAGUCAUCUUUCAAACCAGGGAGCUGACAAUCUCUUAUUAAACAAAUCCAGUAACAUCUCA